UGUGUGUGUGUGACAGGACUUUGUAGAUGGGAUGUACUUCAUGCCGGUCACCCAGCUCCUGAGACACAGCUCUGUCCUGGCGGUUCUCCUGUUCCUCGCUCUGGUUCUCCAGAGAACCUUCCUGCAGGCCUCCUACUACGUCACCAUAGAGACCGGCAUCAACCUCCGUGGUGCCCUGCUGGCUAUGAUCUACAACAAGAUCCUGCGGCUGUCCACCUCCAACAUGUCGAUGGGGGAGAUGACUCUGGGCCAGAUCAACAACCUGGUCGCCAUAGAGACCAACCAGCUCAUGUGGUUCCUGUUCCUGUGUCCCAACUUGUGGGCCAUGCCUGUACAGAUCGUGAUGGGAGUGAUCCUGCUGCACUACCUGAUGGGCCGCAGUGCCCUGGUGGGAGCGCUGGUCAUCGUGCUGCUGGCUCCUGUCCAGUACCUCAUCGCUACCAAGCUGGCCGACACGCAGAAGAGCACCCUGGACCACUCCACAGACCGUCUGAAGAAGACCACAGAGAUCCUGAAGGGCAUCAAGCUGCUGAAGCUGUAUGCCUGGGAGAACAUCUUCUGUGACAGCGUGGAGGACACCCGGGACAAGGAGCUCACCAGCCUGAAGACCUUCGCCCUCUACACCUCCAUGUCCAUCUUCAUGAAUGCAGCCAUCCCCAUAGCAGCAGUGUUGGCGACCUUUGUGUCCCAUGUCCUCAUUGAUGACCACUGUCCUGAGCCGUCGAAGGCGUUUGCUGCCCUGGCCCUGUUCCACAUCCUGGUCACGCCCCUCUUCCUGCUCUCCACCGUGGUCCGCUUCGCAGUCAAAGCCCUGGUCAGCGUGCAGAAGCUGGGGGAGUUCCUGGAGAGUGAUGAGAUCGGUGAUGACAGCUGGAGGAACGGGGACAUGCCCGUUUCCUUGGAAACGUGCAAGAAGCCUCCUGGGCAGACCAAGGCCAUCAACAGGAAACAGCCCCUGAGGUACCAGCUGGAGGGCUACGACCCCCCCUCUCGCCGCACCCUGCGACCCCACGAGACCGAGGACGUGGCUGUCAAGGUGAACAACGGAUUCUUCACCUGGGGAAGCAACCUUUCCACGCUGUCUGACAUCAACAUACGUAUCCCCACAGGUCAGCUGACCAUGAUGGUGGGCCAGGUGGGUUGUGGGAAGUCCUCGCUGCUCCUCGCCAUGCUGGGAGAGAUGCAGACCAUCAGUGGCAAGGUCUUCUGGAGCAAACUGCCUGAUUGUGAGAUGCUCCACGAGGGGAAUAUAAGCUGGUCUGAGGGGGAGGAGCCUGUUGAAGACAUCAGGAGUAAGAACAGGUACUCUGUGGCCUACGCUACCCAGAAGUCCUGGCUGCUGAACGCCACCGUGGAGGACAACAUCACCUUCGGCAGCCCCUUCAACAAGCAGAGGUACAAGGCUGUGAUAGACGCCUGCUCCCUGCAGCCUGACAUCGACCUGCUGCCGUUCGGAGACCAGACAGAGAUCGGAGAGAGGGGCAUCAACCUGAGUGGAGGGCAGAGACAGAGGAUCUGUGUGGCCAGAGCUCUGUACCAGAACACCAACCUGGUCUUCCUGGACGACCCGUUCUCUGCGCUGGACAUCCACCUGAGUGACCACCUGAUGCAGGAAGGCAUCUUGAAGUUCCUGCAGGAUGACAAGCGCACUGUGGUGCUGGUCACCCACAAGCUGCAGUAUCUCAUCCACGCUGACUGGAUCAUUGCGAUGAAGGAUGGCAGUGUUCUGCGGGAGGGCACCUUGAAGGACAUCCAGACUCAUGACGUGCAGCUGUACGAGCACUGGAAGACCCUCAUGAACCGCCAGGACACCGAGCUGGAGAAGGACCCAGAGCCGGACUGCCAGACGGCCCUGGAGAGGAAGACUCUCAGACGAGCGUUCUACUCCAGAGAAGCCAAGAACCAGAUAGAUGACGAGGACGAAGAGGAGGAAGAGGAGGAGGAGGAUGAUGACAGCAUGUCCACCACCACUAACAGGCGCUCUAAGAUCCCAUGGGGGGUGUGCUGGCGCUACCUGUCGUCCGGAGGCUUCUUCAUGGUCUUCCUCAUGGUGUUCUCCAAGCUGCUCAAGCACUCCGUCAUGGUCGCCAUCGACUACUGGCUGGCGGCCUGGACCUCCGCUGACAAGACCAACAGCAGCCGCGCGGUCAGAGACUCCGGCCCUGGGAACCUCACCGGGAAUCUCAACUUGUCCUUCGCUACCGAGGAAGAGAAGCUGGACCAGUACUACAUGCCCGUGUUCAUCAUCCUGUGUGGCGCAGGCAUCCUGCUCUGCCUCGUCACCUCUCUGUCUGUGGAGUUCCUUGGUCUGUCUGCUGCCACCAACCUGCACCACAACCUGCUCAACAAGAUCAUCCACGCCCCCAUCAGGUUCUUUGACAUCACUCCUCUGGGACAGAUCCUCAACAGGUUCUCAGCCGACACCAACAUCAUCGACCAGCACAUCCCCCCCACCCUGGAGUCUCUGACACGCUCCUCCCUGCUGUGUCUGUCGGCCAUCGGGGUCAUCGCCUUCGUGACCCCGGUCUCCCUGGUGGCCCUCGUGCCCCUGGCCGUCACCUUCUACUUCAUCCAGAAGUACUUCCGAGUCGCCUCCAAGGACCUCCAGGAUCUGGAUGACUCCACCCAGCUGCCUCUGCUCUGCCACUUCUCAGAGACAGCCGAGGGGCUGACCACCAUCCGGGCCUUCAGACACGAGGCUCGGUUCAAGCAGAGGAUGCUGGAGCUGACAGACACCAACAACACAGCCUACCUGUUCCUCUCUGCUGCCAACCGCUGGUUGGAGGUCCGCACUGACUACCUGGGGGCGGUGAUCGUGCUGACAGCAGCCAUCGCCUCCAUCUGGAGCUUUGACUACAGCAUUCCCUCUGGAGGCCUGGUGGGGCUGGGCCUCACCUACGCCCUGACGGUGACUAACUAUCUGAACUGGGUGGUGAGGAACCUGGCAGAUCUGGAGGUGCAGAUGGCAGCAGUGAAGAAGGUGAACAGUUUCCUGACAACGCCGUCUGAGGACUACGAGGGAUCCAUGGGUGUGUCCCAGGUCCCUGAGGACUGGCCCAGCCAGGGGGAGAUCAAGAUCCAGAACCUGUGUGUUCGUUACGACCCCCAGCUGAAGCCUGUCCUCAAACACGUCAACGCGUACAUCAACCCUGGACAGAAGGUUGGGAUAUGUGGGCGAACAGGAAGUGGGAAGUCCUCCCUGUCUCUGGCCUUCUUCAACAUGGUGGAUAUGUUUGAAGGGAAGAUCAUCAUUGAUGACAUCGACAUCUGUAGUCUCCCUCUCCAGACUCUCAGGUCUCGUCUGUCCAUCAUCCUGCAGGACCCAGUGCUGUUCAGUGGGUCUAUACGGUUCAACCUGGACCCUGAGCGCACCUGUACAGACGACCGCCUGUGGGAGGCUCUGGAGAUCGCCCAGCUGAAGAACAUGGUGAAAGCCCUGCCUGGGGGCCUGGACGCGGUGGUGACGGAGGGAGGGGAGAACUUCAGUGUGGGUCAGAGGCAGCUGUUCUGUCUGGCCCGAGCCUUCGUCAGGAAGAGCAGCAUCCUCAUCAUGGAUGAGGCCACCGCCUCCAUCGACAUGGCAACCGAGAAUAUCCUGCAGAAGGUCGUCAUGACGGCGUUCGCUGACCGGACAGUGGUCACCAUCGCACACCGGGUGCACACCAUCCUGACGGCAGACCUGGUGAUUGUGAUGAAGCGAGGGAACAUUCUGGAGUCCGGCCGGCCGGAGGAACUGCUGGAGCAGGAGGACGGCAUGUUCGCCUCUUUCGUCCGCGCCGACAUGUAGCCCCUCCCCCACAUGGAGGCCACGCCCACUGCAUGGAGGCUCCUCCCCCUCGCAUGGAGGCUCCGCGCAACACAUCAAUACGACUGCUCAUCCAGACGACAAUCAGAUCUGCUGUUAAAGCCUUUUUGACUGUGGGAUUGAUCAAUAGACUGAUUGAUUGGUUGAUUGGUCGACAUUUUGAGGUACUUUAAGGGCUGUGGUAGUUUUAUAUGCAUAAGUCUUUACUCUAUUUGUUUUUAAAUUACAUCUAAUCUAGCUAUAUAUGUAAACAUAUUCUUCUAUAUCUAACCUGCGAUCUCAGCUGUUGAAAUGUGCAGGAGUGUGUGGUUCUGUGUUCUACUGGGUCCUGUAAGCUUCUGCCAGGUCCUGUAUGGUUCUGCUGGGUUCUGUAAGGUUCUGCUGGGUUCUGUAAGGUUCUGUUGUCAACACCAGGACUGAGACAGCCAAUCACACAGUCCGUACAGACCCUCACUGAUGACUUCACCCAAUGAGUGAUCAGUACUGUUAUUGAUUAGGGAAGACUCCACCCUCCUCCCCCUCAGCCAGCCAAGCCCCUCAGCCAUAGGUCAGAACCUGUCACUAAGAUCUGAUUGGUCCCCAGCCCUAACAGUUAUCAGGAAACGUGCGUUGAGCUGAUCUCAGAUGAGCCCUUAUUGGUGGAGGGAGGCGUUCUCUGGGCUAUACUCUGGUCUGUGUGUGUGCAGGACUGGUGUGGCUCUACGUAUCGAUGCUGUUUCAUAUAUCCACUUUGUACUGCCUGGAUGCCAAGUGCUGUACUGUAAGGCAGAAUGGUUGUUUUUGGCUGUAAUUCUACUGUGCCGUAUUGAUUUUUUAUUUUUUCCUGAAACUGAUUUCUCAUUGUUUGAGUGAUGGUCUCUCUCUCUCUCUCUGUCUCUCUCUCUGUCUCUCUCUGUCUCUCUCUGUGUAUCUCUGUCUGUCUCUCUCUCUGUCUCUCUCUCUGUCUCUCUCUCUCUGUUCCUUCAUCUUCUAACCACUCCUUGUGAACACACAGCUGAGGGUUAAUACAGGCCAUGUACUACGAGUCACACUCACACACCCCAGGCCCAGUGUCUUGUCACUGUCCUGCUGAAACCAAUCUACACUGUCCUGCCAAACCAGUGUUACCCUUAACA